AUAAUGUUUGGCCAGCAGGUGUCCGAUAUCCUGGGUUAAGUAUCAUAAGCCUAAUCAAUAGAAUGACUUCUACAGAUAAAUGUAAGAAUUGUAAUUAUUCAUAUUAACAUGUUUUGUUAGCUUUUAAUCUAAUAAUGAAAAUAUGGUACUGGAUUUGUAUUAUUUGAUUAUGAUUCACACAUAAAACUGCUUAAUUCAUUUUAUCGCUCAAUUUUUUCAGCAACGGAAAAGCAUCUCCAUAUGAUGUGGAGAGAUAGUGCUUGGAUACCAAUGCUAAAUCCCUCAAAUAUUUUGGAAUAUUUUGCAAACAGUCCUUUCUACGAUCGAGAAUGUAAUAACGAAAUAAUAAAGAUGCAGAGGCUAAAUCCAGACCAACUUCUGAAUAUGACCGGAAUAGAAUAUUUUUUGUUACACAUUCAGGCACCCAUUCUUUACGUUAUCCGAAAGGGUAAUAGGCAGUCUUCAUCUCACAUUAAUACUAUAUGCGACUACUACAUCAUAAACGGUUCAGUGUAUCAAGCUCCCGACUUGUGUUCAAUAGUUAAUUCAAGAUUGUUGAAUUCAACGCACAGCUUGUUAUCAGCAUUUGAAGAAGUAAAAUCAUAUUCUCGUUAUCAUCCGUCUGUGGGAUAUUGGUGGCAAUUUAAAAAUGACACAAGCCAGUCAUUAAAGAAAAAAUUAGCUAAAAAUAAUGACCCAGUUGGAUCUUUUUUUCAAAGACAAAAAGUAGACGCCUUACUGACUGAACACGCCAAAAAAUUCCCUAUUAAAGCUAGAUCUCAGAAUGAAAAUAUUCAAAAUGAUACAGCUCAGAUUGACAAGAAAAGUCAAGAUCAUGGUAAACCGCAAACUAGUGAUCCCUCAAUGCCACCCCCUGGUAAGAAACCGAAAAUAGCCCAUUAA